AUGACUUCGAACCCUGUAAAGAAACCCAUGAGAUUAGCAUCCCUAACCACAGCAGAUGCAGCAGCUUCAUGGUACUACUGUGCUAUUGUCUUCAUGGCCCUCAUCCUGCUGUUUAUUAUCUUUUCUGGUGAAGAGUAUUCUUUCACUGGAGAUGAUCAUGAGCUUUUUGUUGAUUGGAGAGGGUCGAACCAGCUGUUCAUGAAUCGGCGGCCGUGCGAGGAAAUAUAUGUGGUGGGACAGGGAGAGACGCUUCACACCAUCGGCGAGAAGUGCAGCGACCCUUUCGUAGUUGAGCAAAACCCCCAUAUUCAUGACCCUGACGAUGUCUUCCCUGGACUUGUUAUCAAAAUCACUCCAACGAAAAAUCUUGUAACUUUCGUAAAUAACUGA